AUGGCCGAAGAGUCCAAGUCCAAGCCCAAGUCCAACAUGACAACCCCACGCCGCGCCCUCUUCAUCGCCUCAAUCGGCAACCAAAAACCCUACCGCCGAACGCGCCACAGCGCAGGCCACAUUCUCCUCGAUGCGCUAACACCCCUUUUGCGCACCCGCUUCGGCAGCUUAAACACAUACUACACGACCUACGAGAGCAAAUCCCUCAUGAACGUCUCCGGGCCGAAACUUGUCCGCGCACUGAAUACCUGGUUAGCGCAAACUGAUAAACUGGUCGGACCACCGCGUACCGGGUUCGAAGUCCCCACGCCAAUUGGAGUCCCCACAACACUGGUGAUAUUGCACGAUGAGCUGGAAGCGCCAUUGGGGAAGGUGCGGGUUCGGAGGGGUGGGCCUGAGGUUGCGAGUUUGAGGGGGCAUAGGGGGUUGAUUAGUUCUUUUGAGAGUUUGAGGGGGAAGGGGUUGUUUCCUGUUAAGAAGGGGAGGGAUUUGUCGAUUUUAAGGGUUGGGGUUGGGAUUGGGAGGCCGGAUAGUAGGGAAAAGAAUGCUGUUGCGGAUUAUGUCUUGAGUGAGAUGGGGGGUGCGGAGGUUGGGGCGGUGCAUAGGGCUGUUGAGCCGGUGCUGGAUGUGUUGGAGGAGGAGUUCUAUUGGGACGGUGGGAAGUGA